AUGACGACGACAAUCCUGCAGCAGCCUUACCCGCAGCGGCCACGCUCUGGGAGCAGCGUGUGCUUGGUGCAUGCUCAGAAGUCCCUUCUGCCGUCCCCCGGUUUCCCCACUGACGGCAGCAGCAGCAGCAGCAGCAGCAGCAGCAGCAACAGCAACAAAAAAGGCAUGCGGUGCCACGAAACAACCGCAGCUCCGUUUAGGCAUAGUGUGGAGCGGCGGAUGCCCCGCUGGUGCCACGUUCUGCCGCCGUCGUCUAUGCAGAAUGACGAAGCGCACUGCGGGCAUUGGAGGUCGUCCUGUGUGGAGGUUGGGCAAGCACGCUUUGCGGCGUGUGCUGCUCCUACGGUUGAUGUGAAGCCGCGGACCCCCCCCAGCUGCGUGCGCCGUGUGCGCUUCCAAGGUGAUGACGUUAAAGAAUCUCUACCAUUGCCGGCGCGUUGCUUCAUCGAGCAGUUGAUUGGCUUCAUUAUUCCUGUCCUACUCGCGCUGUUCUUCCUGUUGGUUCUUUUGCACUAG